CGUUUCAACUCGCUGGAUGGAACCUGCGUGUGUGGACGUGGGUCGCUGUACGUACACCGCAGAUGUGGACGGAUGUGCAUCUGCACAAGCGAAGCAGUGUGUUUGUGUGUCGUUGUCCAGGAGCGCUCCCGAACAAUCUUGAUUUCUUUUCAAGGAGCUCUGCGGGAGAAAUUUGUCCUUCUGUCCUCGAGCGUUUCAUUUCUGUCGUCGUCCUGUCUCUUCCCCGUCUUCGCGUGGAAUGUGAGCCACCCAUGCACAGUCUGUAGGGAAGGGAGGGAAGGAAGGGAAGGAACGGAGAACGGCGGACGAGGAAGAAGCGAGGCACAGUGGAAAGGGAGAGAAACGAGUGGAGCCGCGCGGCGGCCCUCGUCUGCGUGUUUUCUCGUCUAGAGAAAAGAGGCGGACUGCGCGUCUCUUGUUUCCCUCUUCGCCUCCUGUGCAAAUCUGCUUCUGACGCUCCUCCAAGAGACAACUGGAACUUUCACCUGCCCACCACCCCGAAAGCGAAGACAACACGAAACGAAGAGUACGGGGCGAGACGACAGAGAAGAGGGAAGAUUCAAGAAGAUCAAGAAGGGCAUGGACGCGAGCCGAUAAAGAGCAAAGAACGCAGAUCGAAGACGUCAAAACGAGAGCAAGAUGAGUUUCGGCGGGGGCGGAGUCCAGGCGCAGCUGGAUGUACCGUACCAGAAAGUUGCGGACUGGCUUCUCUGUCGGCGUCAGGUUGCAGACAACUGGGCACAGCUGCUGAAAGCUGCCCACGCACACGUUGCAGAGGCUGUCACGCAGGGUGUCGGGGACGAGCAGGUGGCUCAAGAAUUUCUUCAGAAGAAUAAAGACGAACUCCAUUACCUGAAAAUAAAAGAACUCGUUUCGAUCCUUUCUCAGUCUUCACAAGCUUCAGCGUCUCUUCUCAGUCUCUCCUUCGGCUGUUCUCCGUUUCGGCGAUGGCGGGCUCUGCAGCGCGCGAUGGAAAAAGGCAACUUGCACAUUCUUGACAUGAGCAGGUGGCUUAGUCGGCAUCUCAACGACAACAUCCCCGUUCUCCAACGAUCCAUUCAGGCGAAGCAGAAGCAGAUCACCGACGGAGGCAAGCGGAAGCAGGAGCUGCAGCGUGCGGCCCAAGAGGCGGAGUGUGCGUACACCGCGUUGUGUGACAAGUAUGGAAUUCGCCCAGGGUCUGGUCCAGCGGAGGAAGGUCGUCUAGAAGAGGCUUUGAAGAAGCAGAUUCUCGUUCACGUCAGCAAACUGUUGCCCGAGCGUUUGAAGGAAGCGGAGAAGCUUCUCGUCGCCGAGGGUCCGGCCAUCAUCGAGAUGUACAGACGCUUCCGCGUGUACCAGCGAGGCGAGGCCAGCGAGGCGGCUUCAGAAUCCCCAGAAGAUUUCCUGCCAAUGCUGCGGUUUGUCGCCGCUCACGGAAACGCGCCGGCGACUGUCGCGCUGAAGCUUGUCGACCCAGAAGGCGCAUGCAAAGAGGACAUCCAGAUACAACGAGCGGAGUCAGGUGGGAGAGAAAAGGAAGCGGCCUGCCUCGGCAUCGAAGUCGAGGAUCAUGGUGAAGGCGACCGAGAAACCGGCGCGAGUGCAGAGGCGCAGAUCGAGGUGAUCACAGUCGAAGAGGGAGAGGAGACAGGGGGGGAAGUGAGCCUGUUCGAAUCUCGACUUUGCCGCCGAGCACUGCUUGACGACGUCCACGAGCUCCACGCCUUCCUGUAUCAACGUCUGAAGGAGUGUGAAGAAGAUGGCAGCCGAGGGAAAAAGUCAGUCGGAAAAAAGGCCGGGCACACUGCCGGAGUAGCUCAACUCACGAGCUUGCCGGAGGAACUUGUCGUUCCUGCUGGUCAGCUGGGCACGUGGCUGAAAGCAUGCCAGAUGGUAGAAGAACUCCUCGGCGGUCGGGAGACUUUGGAUCUUCUUCAACUGAGGCAGAGUGAAACUCAGAUGAGCAAACUUGUUUCCCUGUUCUCUCUGACGCGCCGCAACGUCCGCAAGUCUCUCAGUGCGGCAGUACAGUUGGAGAGACGUCUGACCGAGCAGCAGGGCGAGAUCAAGGAAGAGCAAAACAAGUUGAAUGCGCUCAAGGCAGAAGCUCGGGAGCUCCGGAAGGCCCUUGAGGAAGCCUUGGAGACCGUCGUCAAGGGGGCGAAAGUGACUCUCGUUGGAAUCCAGCCAGACAAACUUGCGUAGAGGGAUUUGUACAGAAAAGUCACAGAAUAUGAAGAUGCCUCGUCUGUGCAUGUUUUUCUCAAAACGGAUGCUUCUGCUCCGCGGUCGAUAGAUCCUCCUCCCUUCGUGUGUCUCCGCCCUCCGUGUUCCUCUUCCCCCUUCUUCGUUUCUCUCCUGCUGCUGAGUCUCCGCUGUUGGUGUGUGUGUGUUUGCGUCCUCUGACUCGCUAGGGCUCUCCUCUCUUUCUCACUUUCCCUUAUGCCGCGGCGUGUCGGUGGGCCGAUCUUGUUUGCCACUCUCGAUCGGCCGGCCUCUGCCUGCGACCUCAGGCUUUUCUUCUGCCUCUUGCCGUAUUCUCUCUCUCUGCGCGUCGGAUUCUGUGAGCUGUCGAUACACGGGGUGACCAUGUGUGAACCGUUUCGCUCUCACCCUCUCAGAAGUUCGCGCGACAGCAGCGUCCCGCGCGCUCCUGCACUCGGGCUUGACUGCCUGCGUUCUGUAGUCCGAUUUGUGGUGGACGUGGUGACACGCCAGAGAGAGCCCUCAGGUGACUUGUGUCGGGUGCGGGCGGGAGUAUUUUCGCAUUCGUUUCAGUCCCCGUUUUGACCGCGGAUGCAGUUGUCUAUCUAGCACAGUCGCAAAGGAAACUUUGCCUUUCUCUCCGAGAGCGGAACGCUCACUGGGAAAGAAAACCCGAG